AUGAAGGGUUUCACUAUAUCUCUUUACCUUCUUGCGCUUAACAUGCGUCUCUCAAGUGCUGUUCCCAGGCCUCAAUACCCGGAUGGGGCUGAGCUAUAUUUUCUCGAAGAUAACCCGGAAGGUUCAUCUGUUGUCUCAAUUAGCAUUGGCCGAGAUGGCAAGUUGUCCCAACCGCACCACACGGCUACCGGCGGCAAGGGCUUCGGCAUUCAAGGUUCAAAUGGCGAACUUAUCUCUGCUGGAUUGCAUUCUCAAGAUGCUCUUGUGGUAGAUGGCCCAUGGUUACUUACAUUAAACUCUGGUUCCAAUACAGUAUCUCUAUUCCAAAUUCCCGAACAUGAUCCCGCGCGGCCUGUAUUAACAGGGAAGCCUAUAUCGACUGGGGGCGAGUAUCCCAACACAGUGGCACUCUCAGCUAGACAUAGACUUGCUUGCGUGGUGAAUAGCGGUGCUAUUCCCGGUUUACAAUGUUAUUCUAUUUCGAAAACUGGUAGUCUCGAGCCUUUGGGUAAGUUGAAGCCGUUACAGGUUAACGAGCCGACGCCGCCACCAGGAGCCCCUGGGACUGUCUCUGACAUCGUCUUCAACCCCUCUCAGACUGCCAUCUUUAUCACAGUCAAAGGGGAUGGCAGUAAUAACAACACAACUCCAGGCUACAUUUAUGCCUUUCCAUUAAUUAACGGAGUGCCUAGCGACAAGCCCGUUAUAUCACGACCACCACAGUUGCAUGCUGAUUUUGCUUUAACCUUUAUCUCGGACAGACGCGCGGCAAUUGCAGAUACAAGCUUUGGCGCUGCAUUACUGGACAUUUCAUCUGACUUUAAAGUCAGCGUGAGCCGUACUAUUGAGGUUAUUGGCCAAAAGGCCACCUGCUGGAUCAAAUAUGUGCCUGAAUACGAUGUUGUGUUCCUCGGCGAUGGUGGAGUUUCUAAUAUCACCGCACUGGAUGCUAGGAGUGGAGAUAUCAAAUAUGUUGUCCCGUUUCUGGCUGAGGCAGGUGGUUCCUUUGAUUUCGCCUUUUUGGGUAAUUUUCUUUAUACCCGUAGGGGAAACUCUGCUGUCUCAGUCAUCGACCUGCAGGACAGUAAUAAAAAGGGCGACCAACAACUUCCCAAAAUUGUUGAGUUAUAUAACACAAGUUCACUCGGGGCUGCAGCGAACUUUAACGGCAUGGCAAUAUUCAGUUACUAG